AUGUCUUACCGGAUUGGCUGCAGACUGCACACCAGUGCCAAAAGACCCACUUGGCGCGAGAUAGAGACCAGAGACGCCUCUAUUCAGGCAAAAUCCUUACUCCUUCGUCUACCAGCCGAGACUCGUAACCAAAUUUACGAGUACGUCUUUGGAUUCGGAUUAAUACACUUCUGCAUUCGCGAGUGUCGAUCUACAGAUGUCGAUUCUCCCAACAAGAAUGGUUAUAAGAUCAAGGAAUACGAGCCAGACUGGGACAACUUCGAAGCUAGAGAUUCGCUAGAAUACGAGGAUAGCUCGCUUCCACCCAAGAGAUAUUCUGGUACCAGGUAUUACCAGAUCUCGCAUUCGAUAUGCGAUGAUUCACAGGACUGGGCCGAUGCGUAUACCGUAAGCAAGACUUUGCUGGCUCAAGGCGAUCAGGAAGCGGAGCACGAGCAGAACACGGCACCAGAAAUCCUGGAGAGUUAUGACCAAAAGCACUUUGACUGCAAGACGCCGAUCUACGACUUUGCGCACCAGCAAUACGCAAGCAUCUGCCGACAUGGCCAGCUCACAGGGUCUCGGCACGCAUGCAAAGGCUGCAGAAGGCUCCGCAAACUCUUGACAGCAACCCACGGAAAGCCUUCUUCCGGAUUGAAAGAAUACCAUUCCGAUUCCGCACUGAAUUUACAGUUUCUGCAAACUUGUAAACAAAUCUACCACGAAGCAAAACUCUUGCCAUACGUCAGCAACACCUUCGACUUCAACAGCGGCAAUCUUGCCCGGGAAGUAGCAAUGUACCAACUGGGCCCCUUCCGCACACGAGCAAUCCAAACCCUCCAUCUCGAAAACGUGCGAUGCGCCGCCGACUUCGAAAUGGUGAGUUUGUAUUUCCAAGGAUUGCGACAUCUACGUCUCUCCAUCCGCAACGAACGCGAAUCUCUAUACGGCAAGGAAGAAACCUGGCAGGCAUUUUUCCAGCUGAACAGGUUGGAAUCCGUGGAGGUGAUUGUAGGUCAUGACGUGCAGAAUGAGGGCAGAGACGGCAAGGCUCGACGAGCACGGCAUGCGAGUGCGAUGGAGUCUUUCCUCAUGAGCGCGGAUAUCGAAGAGGCUGAAAAGCUUAGUGCGGAAUAUGAGGGGAGGAAUGUUGGUGAGAGGUGGAAUCGGGGCCUAGGAACGAGAGAACUCUGGUUCAAGUCAAGAGCAAUCACUGAUGCGGAGGAUGAAGAGACGGAAGGAGAUGCAGAAGAGAAGCGAGGGGAUCGCGACGAUCUGGAUGAGCGAUAUCUCCGUCAACUCUUGGACCGGGGGGUAUAUGAGGUCGACGCAAAGCCUUCGGUUUGA